CACAUUGUAAUACAUAUCCUAUAGUACACCCACAACAAACCACUCCUCUGUCUCAGGUCUCUGCUGGAGGGCACAGACAGCAUCUGCAUCGACACGGCCUUAGUGUCUUCCCAGAGUUCUCCUGCGUGCUGGACAUGGUAUACACCGGAAAAAUGUCCCCAGGGAAACACAACUUCACCCGCAUCAUCGCCGCCGCAGACAGCCUGCAGAUGUUCGACGUAGCUGUGGGCAGCAAGAACAUCCUCACCAACCUGAUGAGGCAGUCGACUACACAACCAGUCUCACCUCCACCCACCGCCACCCAAUCACAGCUCAAACAGCUUCAGAGCCAGGGGGCCAAGCACACAGCUUCCCCAGAGACAGCUGCCUCUAGCAUUGGAGAGUGUGGUGUGAAGAUUCCCUUCCCCUGGACUCCAGAGGGGACAAAGGUGGGUGAGGGAGGUUUGGAAGGUGGAGUGACCACAGAAGCCAGAGUGACCACAGUAGCCAAACAUAGCGAGUCAAUGAAUGUGAAAGAGGACAGGAAAGAGAAGGCCGGCCCACCAUCUAAAAGAGCUCGCCUACAACUUCCAGAGAGCACGGCUGACGUGGACCCCCUGUCUCAGGGAGGUGCCAAUAUGGAGGAUGUGCAGCAGUGGCUGAGAGCACUGCAGACCUGGGACGAUAUCUCCACUGAGGAGAAACAGCGUUUACAGCAUUAUUAUCUCUGUCAUGCUGUGAGGGAGAUCCCAGGGGUCCUGCAGUGUUCCAUAGGCUCCAGAACAGAGGUGAGGGAGAAAAGGAGUUUCUCAGCCCAGACACUACUCACCCUGCUGGGCCUGCUCAAGGAGUUUAACCCCAAUUUGGCAACACUGCUGCUUUGCAAGGAGAGAACAGCAGACAGGGAGCUAAAGGUACAGAGUAGGGGAAAUAAGGGCAGCGGCAUGGUUACCAGUCUGUUUCAGUUUUAG